AUUUUCUGCGAGAAGCAGAAGCCGCUCCGCCGCCUGGCUUCUGCAUUUGCGACGAGUUUUCCAUUAAAUUCUUUCGGAGUCUCACAUACUCAAACCCUUGGAGUUACAGUCGUCAGUCAUCUAGUGGGUUUAUUCGUGAGACGAUAAAAUGCUUGUGUUGUUUGAGACACCGGCGGGCUUUGCCCUUUUUAAGGUUCUUGAUGAAGGGAAGCUUUCUAAAGUAGAGGACUUAUGGAAGGAAUUUUCCACUGCAGAUGCAGCUAGACAGGUGGUCAAGUUAAAAGCAUUUUCAAAGUUUGAGAAUACAUCUGAAGCUCUGGAGGCUGCAUCCUUGUUAAUUGAAAGUAAAGCUAGUAAAGGUCUGCGCAAAUUCUUGCGCGCUCACUGCGAGAAUGAAACCUUAGCUGUUGCUGACUCGAAGCUUGGGAAUAUGAUUAAGGACAAAUUGAAAAUAGAAUGUAUCCACAACAAUGCUGUUAUGGAAUUAAUGAGGGGUGUCAGGAAUCAGUUAAAUGAACUGAUACAUGGUCUUGCUGUGCAAGAUAUGGCCCCUAUGAGUUUGGGUUUAUCUCAUAGUUUAUCAAGAUACAAGCUGAAGUUCAGUGCAGAUAAGGUGGAUACCAUGAUUGUUCAAGCCAUUGGUCUUCUUGAUGAUCUUGAUAAAGAGCUGAAUACAUAUGCCAUGAGAGUUCGAGAAUGGUAUGGUUGGCACUUCCCUGAGCUUACUAAAAUAAUACAAGACAAUAUCCAGUAUGCGAAAGCAGUGAAACUGAUGGGAGAUCGUACUAAUGCUGCAAAUCUUGAUUUUUCUGAGAUUUUGCCUGAGGAAGUUGAGACAGAACUGAAAGAAGCGGCUGUGAUAUCCAUGGGAACUGAAGUUGGUGAGCUUGAUUUGAUAAACAUUAGAGAACUAUGUGACCAGGUUUUGUCUCUUUCAGAGUACAGAGCACAACUAUAUGAUUAUCUUAAAAGCAGGAUGAACACUAUUGCACCCAAUUUGACUGCUCUUGUUGGGGAGCUUGUCGGUGCUCGCCUUAUUGCCCAUGGUGGUAGCUUGCUCAAUCUUGCAAAGCAGCCAGGGAGUACUGUACAGAUACUUGGUGCUGAAAAGGCUCUCUUUAGGGCCCUAAAGACUAAGCAUGCUACCCCAAAAUAUGGGCUUAUUUAUCAUGCAUCAUUGAUUGGUCAGGCUGCUCCAAAGUUCAAGGGUAAAAUUUCUCGGUCACUUGCUGCAAAGACAGCAUUGGCCAUUAGGUAUGAUGCUCUUGGGGAUGGUCAAGAUAAUUCGAUGGGAUUGGAGAACAGAGCCAAGCUUGAAGCACGCCUGAGGAGUCUUGAAGGCAAAGAACUAGGUAGACUUGCUGGUUCAGCUAAAGGAAAGCCGAAGAUAGAAAGCUAUGACAAAGAUCGGAAGAAGGGAGCUGGAGGCUUAAUUACUCCGGCUAAGACAUAUAAUCCUACAUCUGAUUCUACUCUUGGUCAAGCUCCUCAUGGUGCGUCUGUAGAUGAGGAAAUGCAAGAGCUUCCAUAUGCUGAAGAAAAGAAAGAAAAGAAGAAAAAGAAGAAAGAGAAAAGUGGGGACGACGAUGCUGUUCUACAAGCUGAUGCUGGUAAGGAAUCAGAUCAAGUGGAAACUGCAAAGAAGGAGAAGAAGAAGAAACGUAAGGAUUCUGCUGAGGAUGGCCAGAUGCAGGGUGAGGAGGAGGAUGCUGAUGCGGGGGAGAAGAAAAGAAAGAGGAAAAAGCAUGCUGAUGAUGAUGAUUCUGCUGAAGUUCCUAAGAAAAAGAAGAAAGACAAAAAGAAGAAAAGUGAGGAGUAGAAUGUAACAUUGUGUCGACAUCUGAGUGUCAUGUUGGUUUGAGGUGAUUCUCCCACAUGUCACUGGUUGAAAAGGAGAAGAAUGCAACAGAUUGUGGCUACCAAUCUUCCUCAUCAGACUGGCUUGUCAAAGUUUUGAAAUCCUGCAGGCAUCACGGUUCAAAAUGUAGAAUUUUCAUUUUUGAUCUUACCAGUACUUGUGUGAUAUCUAGAUCUAUUCCGCUCUUGUCUAGCGUAUUGUUUUAAGAUUCUCGUUUUGUUUAAGACUAUCCGGGAAGAAAUAUUUAUAUGCUAAUCAUAGGUUGGUACUUGGUAUAUAACAUGGUGUGGUGUACCAUGUGAUCAAUCUUAUCAGGUA